GUCACGUGAUAGCUGACUCAACGCCACAAACUUUUAUGGUAGUCACUAGUAAGUGCUAGAAAUGAUGAAACACCGAGAAACACUCUACUGACGUGUUACUAAGAUGUAUAUAAGUAGAUUCAGAUACGUCUUAGAGCGUUAAAUCGUUUGAAGCGGCCUCAAUGUAACAUUAAAACCCAUGGUUAAAGUUAGCGUUAGCAUUAGCAUUAGUAAAGCGUCAACGACAGGAGGAAGAGGUGUGUGAGCUUCCCGAUAGCCGACCGAACUGACAAAAUUCCUCCGACCCUCCUGAGACCCAAAGAUGGGAUAAAAGCCUCCCUGAAGUUUUGGUCACAUCAUAUAUGAGUCCACUUAUACUUUGCUGUUUCCAGUAUGCGUAACAGACAGAGGGGAUCCCAUCUGGGCUUGAUGCUCCUGGCCUCCCAGGUGUUUCAGUUGGGUCUGGACAACAUUCCCCCAGUCACCCUGGCUGUCCUGGGACUCAACGUGUUCCUGUACUUGUUCCCUGCAGCACCUCUGAUGAAGGCCUGUGUGAGUGUCCAGCAGGCAUACUGGUUUAACGACUGGCGCCGCCUGCUGCUGUCCCCGCUGCACCAUGCUGAUGAUUGGCAUCUCUACUUCAACAUGGUGUCUUUUCUCUGGAAAGGUACCAAGCUGGAGCGACGGCUGGGAGGACCCUGGUUCCUUUACCUGCUGUCAGUCUUCUCUCUGCUCACGGGAUUGGUCUAUCUGCUGCUGGAGGCACUGUUAACAGAGCUCACCCAGGACCAGUCCUACAGCAUGACCUGUGCUGUUGGCUUCUCAGGAGUGCUGUUUGGUCUGAAGGUGCUCAGUAACCAUUACCACCCGGGAGGUGUGACCUAUGUGAUGGGUUUCCCUGUGUCUAAUCGCUAUGUUAGCUGGGUGGAGCUAGUGCUGAUCCACCUUACAUCACCUGGGACCUCUUUCGUUGGUCACCUGGCAGGUAUCCUGGUGGGUCUACUCUACACUUCUGGACCACUGAAGGCCAUCAUGAAAAAAUGUGCAGAGUUUGUGACGUCAAAUGGCUAUAACUCCUGGCCCGGUGCACACUACAGCUCUUCAGGCUCUUCAGGCUACAGUGGCACUGGUGGAGGAUACUCAGGAUACCAACAGCAUCCACCAGGUUACACAGCAAGUCAUCAGUAUCCACCAGGUUACACAGCAAAUCAUCAGUAUCCACCAGGUUACGAAGCAAAUCCUACAGCAUCUUACACUGGUGGAAUGACAGAGGAAGAGCAGAUAGAGGCGGCCAUUAGGAACAGUCUGAAUGACAGAGGUCAAAGCAGCCAGAGAGGAGCUCCUCCUCCCUAUGGUUUCCACCUCUCUGAGGAGGCUACAGCUGAGGAUAUCAGGUUGAGGAGACUGAGGAGGUUUGACAGCUGAACUGCCAGGCAGCUGAGGGGAAGAAGGUGUAUUUGACGAGACAGAAGAGGAGUUUCUUCCUGAAGCCUGGUCCAAACUCUGCUUCACAGGCUGAAUGAGAACUCCCUGAAUGAGAAGGUCCAACCGCACAGUCUUACACUCACAGCAACUCUUUUACGUGUGGUCCUGUGUGCCUCCACCUAAGUCUUUACCAAAGAGUUCAUGUUAGCUGUGGAGCUGCUUCAAUGUGAAUACUUAAGAGAGUUCAUAGGCCUAUAUGAGCAGGUUAGGGUGGGCGGAUCUGUCAGCUUCAGAUUGGGAAAUUUAGAGGAAAGUUCAGGAGCACUUCACCCGCAAAAUGACCAUUUGUAUAUCUAUCACGCACCACUUGUUACCAUGAAUUUGGGUUUUUCUGGCAUGCCUUCACAUUGAGCGGAGAAUGCAAAAAAGGUGAACAUUCUUCAUGAAUUGAAGAAAUGGGGACCGCUUUAUUUAUCGCGUUGUAUGCUCAGUACUUCUCAAACAGGUGCAUUUUUGCUAAAACAUUAGGAUAUAAAGCAUCAGUACAAACAGUCUCAUAUACGACUGGAUAAGUGACACUUUGAUUAUACUGUAUGAGUUGCGUGAGAGUUGUAAACAGAUGUUUUAAUAUAAAUUUGCAGUUGUUAAACGCGGUCCUCAAUGUCUGCAGUUCAUGAAGAACGUUUGCUUUUUUUGGACUCUCCAUCCACCAUGAAGGCAUGCAAGAAAAACAGAAAUUUUCUCAGGAAUUCAGUGUAACACAUGGUGAGCAACUGAUAGACAAAUGGUCAUUUUGCAGGUAUUCUUUUAAUGUUCAGAAUAUUUUUAAAUGCUACUAUUUUUAUAUCUUAAAGUUUAUUGUAUCUCAAACAAGCAAAAUAAUAUGUAACCCAAAUGCUGUAUUGUUAAAACAUUACAGAUGCUUUGAAUGUUAGAAAGCAAAGGAGUUCUCUUUCAUUAAAACAUGCUGUUUAUUAACUUAAA